UGUAGCACGCCACAAUCAUAUUCACCGGCCUGGCGGGAUCAGAUGUGAAGCUAUCUUUCCAAGCCGCGGACCGCAGGAACGGCGCAAGGCAAGCCAAAGCAUACAUUGUGAAAGAGUACCAUGCCGAUUGGGUCGUGUUGGCAAUCGAGGGGUGGUAGCGGGGUUGAAGAAGAUCGAUCCCCUUGCGUUGAUCCCAAUGCAGUAAACAUUGCGCACCCCUAGUCCCUGCACAGGGGAAGAAGUCAUGCGGAAGCAUACUGCACUGCGUAGAUAAAAGUCCGGAGAUGUCACAAUGAGCCUCGUUUAUGGUAUCUUCGUUCUAUACAGACUUCUCACAAUGCCUGUUGGCGAUGCAUACCGAUCAUCUCAUAAACAUGUUCUCGGCGCCAAUAGGGGCGAUAUGGACCCAAGCGCUAAGAGCAAAGACGUCGAGAAAACCAAGAAGUUCGUGGAUGGCAGUUCUGAGCAUGUCGAGGCCGUUCAUGAUACAGAAAAACUUGGCAAGCGACAACAGGCAAAGCGGCAUUUUCGACGAUUCUGGUGCUGCUAUCUCCUGGCGGCGAUUAUAUUCCUAGCAAUUUUCCUGCCUAUUCUUUUUCUCGUCAUUAUCCCAGCCAUCGCACAAAGAAUAGUAAACGACACUGAUCUACCUGUCUACAGUGCAGAGAUUCUCGACCCAAAGCCCGACCGAUUUACAUUCUCCCUGAACACUGCCCUAGAUAUCCCCGCUGGGCUAUCUGUUCGAACGGACCCUCUCACACUGCGAUUGUUCAACCGUGCGGUGAAGCCUAUCCUCCCUUACCUCAGUGUAGACCUACUGGGUUAUAACUUGAAAGGGCACACAAAGAUGGAGGUCACCCAACAUGACACGAUCGUCGAGAACGAAGACGAAUGGGUUGAGGCUUUGACACAGGCCGUAUACUCCAAGCGUUUCAAACUGUCAGCGAAGGGAUCUACUACGGCCCAUCUCGGCGCACUGAAGGCGGACUUGACUCUGGAUAAGGAUGUAGAGUUGGACGGACUGGACCAGCUCAGUGGAUUCAGUAUUGACUCUGCCCGACUACUUCUUCCGGCCGAAGCGGACGGUACGAAUCUUCGGGGUGAAGCUGUUCUCCCGAACCACUCAGUCGUCACAUUUGCUCUGGGAAACGUAACUCUCAAUCUCAAAAGCCAGGACCUACUACUAGGAGAAGCGCUGAUUCAAAACGUCAUCCUCAAACCCGGCAACAAUACAGUUGCGUUAAGUGGCCGACUCGAUAUUCGUACUAUCUUGCAAAACCUUUCGAAAAUAGUGGCAGCACAGCGAGAGGCCAUAUUGAAAGGCGAAAUAGAACUCUCGGCCCAGGGAAAUAAGACAGUAUAUGAUGGACAGCGGAUCCCGUACUUUGAGCGCGUGCUGAACAAUCUGACAUUAACGGCGCGAGUGCCGAUCGUGGGCGUAUUGAUGGAUACGUUGCAGGGCUUGGGUGGCGGAAAUGGGUCUGUAUGGCGAAAUAUCGAGAGUCUUGGGGAUAGCGAUAGCUUGUCAGGUCUUUUGAAUGGGCUGUGA